GGUGAAUCUACCGGCGACCGCACCUCGGGUGAGGGUGUCGUUGAGUAACCCAGGAUGGCUACUCUAAUCUUUGUUGAGAAGGAUAAUGAAGAACCAGGCAGCCGAUUGGCAUCUAAGGAUGAUUUGAAACUAGGCUCUGGUGUCAAGGCCUUAGAUGGCAAAUUGCAGGUUUCAACGCCACAAGUUGGCAAAGUGUUCAAUGCUCCAGCCUUGCCUAAAGGCAGCAGAAAGGCUUUGGGAACUGUCAACAGAGUUACAGAAAAGCCAGCGAAGACUAAUAGGCCCCUCAAACAAAAACAGCCAACCCUAACUGUGAAAAAGAUCACCGAGAAGCCUGCUAAGACACAAGGCCCGGUUCCUGCUUCUGAUGAUGCCUACCCAGAAAUAGAAAAGUUCUUCCCUUUCAAUCCGCUAGACUUUGAGAGCUUUGACCUGCCUGAGGAGCACCAGAUUGCAUACCUUCCCUUGAGUGGAGUGCCUCUCAUGGUCCUGAAUGAGGAGCGGGAGCUUGAGGAGCUGCUGCACCUGGACCCCCCUUCGCCCCUGAAGACACCCUUUCUACCCUGGGAGUCUAAUCUGUUGCAAUCUCCUUCCAGCAUUCUCUCCGCCCUGGAUGUUGAAUUGCCGCCUCUUUGUUAUGAUGCAGAUAUUUAAACUUCUUACUCCUUUAUAGUUUAUGUACAUUGUAUUAAUAAAGCAUUUGUGUGUGUGCUGGAGGCUAAUUUUACUAAUGCGUGGUUGGUGUUUCUUGGUAUUAGAAGACACCAUUGUUUUCUCUGAAAGUAUACCCUGCAUCUGUACUUUAUUGUGACAGUUAUUAGGUCUCUUAAUUAGAAGAGCCACUUCCAGCUCGUUAAGUAUUUAUUGUUAGGCAUCCUUUAUUACCAAUUCUGUUUAGUUCUAAUGGCUUUAGUAUUCAGUAACUAGAAUUUGAAAGGCUCUAAAUCUUAUGAGUACCGGGCCCCCUCCGGAUCUCUAAGUUAGGUACUUUGAAGAUCCUUGCAGAUGAUUUACUUACAGGUCCGCUUCCCACCUACAAGAAUUGGUUGUUUAUCCAGUUAUGGACCUAAGUAUUUGAGAAGUAUUAAUAUA